CGGUCCGGUCGGUCUGCCCAAUCCAGGGCCAACCUGCCUCACAGUCGGUUUGACCAAUCCAGGUUCCGAUUUGUUUGCAUUGUGUGUUAUAUUCCAGGUUGAUGACCGUCGGGACGUAAGAAUGGCCGUUUUGUUUUGAACAGAAACAGAAAAUGCUGGGAACACUCAGGUCUGACAGCAUCCAGAGGCUCUGAAGAAGGAAGGGACUCGUGUGGAAGCUGCUGCUGGGACUACACUUCUUCAAAAGUGCUUCAUUGGCUGUAAAGGGCUUUGGGACAUCGAAGUUCUGAAGAACACUGUAUGAAUAAACUGUCCUUGAGAGUUUAUUCAUACACACGUCCAAGAGCUGAACACUCAUAUGACCACUGGGAAUAACUGCCACAUCAGUGUUGGCUGGCCUCGUUGGACUACAUCUUUGACAAGGCUUAAUUUUCUGUGCGGUCUAGUUCAUAUGCAGUUUGAUGAUCAACAGUGACUCUUGACAAUCAUCAUAGAGCUUCAUUAAUGAUGGUUAAUGUCUUAAAAGGAGUUCUUAUUGAAUGUGACCCAGCCAUGAAACAAUUCUUGCUGUACUUAGAUGAGACAAAUGCUUUGGGGAAAAAAUUCAUAAUUCAAGACCUGGAUGAAACUCAUCUAUUUGUCCUGGCUGAGGUGGUCCAUAUCUUACAAGAAAAAGUUGGAGACUUAAUGGAUCAAAACUCAUUUCCAAUAAUGCAGAAGUAAUAAAUGUCAGGAGUGGUUUAAA